ACCGUAUGCUCUACGGCAGCUUUUAACGAAAACACCUGGAAAUAUUGAACUCUGCUGUGGAGGCAGUCCCACGGGAUCCCCGAGCAGCCAGUGAGCGAGCAUCUACGUCGUCUUUCCUGGCCUGCCUGGCUCUGCACAGCGGUGGGACCUGCUAUUUAUCCCCGACGCAUCGGAGGCUCUGCCGUCGUCGCCCUUGGUGCACUUGUUGAGUGUUGGUGUCGAGGUUGGUAUACUAGACGCGGCGCCCGGUCGUGGUACAUACGUCCAGCUAGAUACAUGGGUUUUGUGAAACUGUGUCAUUACCCAUCUGGAUGAGCAGACCCUUUACACCACUAGAUUAUGGCUGCGAUGCGUCGCAUUAGAAGAAGUAACAAAAUACCUCUUAAUUUUGUAUCACGCACUCGAAGUCGAAGACCACGCAUUGGUGUUCGGAGGGAAAUAGUUUGUGUGAUACCGACCCCCACCCUUACUUCCAGUGAUGUGUCUCUGGCAGUGGAGGAUCGUGAAAUUCCGGAGGAAAUAAUAUGCCAUGAAAAUGUUGUUGAAACUGGUGCUGUGGAUGUUUCAGCGCAUAGCAAACGUAAAGAAAAAUUAGCUGAAAUGUGGGACAGUUUGAGAUCUAGUGCAACACAAGUUUUAACUGAAGGGUUUGGGUUACCUGAAGUUAAAUGCUGCUGUGAAGAAAGAGCCACAGUUAGGUGUUUGCAGUGUGGUCCGUGUUCAUACUUCUGUCCAAGAUGUGCAGUGUUACAGCAUAAAUCCUCCUUUUUCCAUCAUUGUCCAGAAGUUUGGAAUGGUGUGUGUUUCAUUCCUUUUGAUGUUCCUGGCUUAUGUUUCAAUCAACAUUUGCAUUUAUGUGAUAAGCAAAAGCCGCGAUCUGUUACGUUGUUUCACAUAGAAGGAAUGCCACAGACAGUCUCAGUGACAUUUUGUGAGUGUGAACCAGAUGCACUGACACUGAUGAGACUUCGUUAUUGGCCAGGCACUCCUAAACGUCCUGCUGUAGCCUUUUCUUUUGCCCUAAUGGACUGGCUAGAGCUUUUGUUACUUGAGUGUCAGGUGGCUGUGAAAGAUUUUGCUACGGUGCUAGAGCUAAGAAUCACAGCGAGUUUACGGCAGAUGCCCUGUACCAUAUACCCUGUGCUAAUUGAUGCCUUUGAAGAAUAUCGAUACUACAAAGGACAGAUUCGAUCACUAAAGGGUGUGUGUGAAAAUGUCUCCGCAGCUUGCCCAGCGUGUCCUAAGACGGAAGGGACUGUGACAAUUUCCAUUGAUGGAAACUUUGGUUUGUGUCGAAAGAAAGCAGCAGGAUCAAGCUCACAUGGGCCACUUAGUGGAACAAAAAUGUUCCUAGAUCAAUCCAUGGUUACUAAUUACAUCACCCAUUAUUCCUGUCCCACUACUGUUUAUAGAGGCACUCAGCAAUGCAGUGACUUCUUAGCUGGAAAUGCUCUCCGUUCAAAUUCGAGAUAUUCUCGUCUAGAUGAAACUGGUGUGAUGGGAGCAGCAUGUAGGCACGAGUAUCCAAUUUGUUUUCUUAGCCUUCAACAUGGGGAAAGGAUCUCUUAUUCUGUGCUUUUACUCGAGAAAUUGAGGGAGAAAUUUCGUAAUCACCACAUACAAUUCAUGUAUGACAUUGCUUGUACUUUGAAAAAACAUCUAAUGAAUGCUGGACGAAGGGACUUGCUGGAGACCGUUGAGCUUGCUAUUCCUGUGUUUCAUGCAUAUGGCCAUAAGAUGGCCUGCCAGAUUGAGUUUAAUCCAAGGAGUAUUCCUGGGUUUGGUCUAAGUGAUGGGGAGGUACUAGAGCGACUGUGGUCAUACCUCCGUAGGUUCUCUGCAAUGACAAAAGAAAUGCGUCCAUCUCACCGAAUUGAUGUAUUGACUGAUGCCUUGCUUCAUUAUGCACGAAGAACGGCCAGAAACAUGAGUAAGCUACUGAACAAGCGAUUAGAUCAUGCAAAGCGUGUCGAACAAGAGGCUGAGCAAAAACUAAGGGAACUACGGAACAAGUCGUUAGGUAGACUUUAGUACAUAUAUGCAAAUUCUUAUCACUCUAUUCUUAUGUAAUCCUAGCUGUAUUUACUGAUGAAGACAUUGUUGGUUGGGUUCAACAGGAAAGGACCUUAGUCCAACCCCAAUGCAGUAAGACACACUCAUGUUUACGUCAUAGAACUCUUUGUAUGCAGGUCAGUCAGAGCUUAUGACUAAAAUUGAAUCGGCAGUGAGGGAGCGUCUACACUUACUCCGGCUAAAGUCAAAGUAUGCAGAUGGGCAGAAAAUUGCCAUUCGUCUCUCAAGGCGUAUCACUGUAGUCACCAGGCAACUGAAGAAAGUACUAUAAUGAGUACAACUCUAAAUCAUCAACUACAAACAGGAUGUCGUGGGAGGAUGCAACAACUUUGUCUGUCUAUACACACUCCUUUGGAACCUCAACUGUCCCUGACAGUAUCAAACAAGAUGCAGUGCGCUGUUACCAUGAAAAACAAAGAGCCAGGGAAGAAGUGGGACGACUGCAGUCAGAAAUGAAGAAUUGUGCUGAUCACUACGCAACUCAACGUAGCUGUCUUCUCCAAGCAAGAAAGUGCCUUCAAGACACUGGUGCACAGGACACUUACACAUUGGGAUCAAUAUGCCUACUAACACAACGUAUCAGACUAUGCCAACAACAAAUUGUCAACUUUAUUGCGUAUGCUAAUGUAAGUACACCUUGACUGAUGCAUUAUUUCUUUGAGCAUCUUAUUGUUUAUGUGCAGGAUGAUACGAAAGGGUCUAUGGAUGAACCAGGUGCUGCUUGUGUAUCACAACAACUACAACGUACUGAGGAAUCAGAGGAAUACUUAGUACCAGAGGAACACAAACAGCUUUUAGAACCAGGGGAAGAGUCACUACGUCUUGUGGAAGAGCCAAGUCAGAAUAACAAGGACACCGAUACUGAAGAUGAAACAGAUGAAGAAAUGGAAAUACAAUCUUGGAGAGGGGAGAGAUACCUUCGUGAACAAUUCCUCAAGAACCCUACUACUCUGCAGCCACCUGAACAACAGCCGUGUCUGGAUGGAGACUUUGCACAGAUUCUCCCAGCAGAGCAAACUAACUAACUUUUUCGUGUAUGGUCAUUGUGUUGCUACAUGAACAUCAUGAUGUUAUAUUAUAACCUUCACGGUGAAUUAGAGUGCAUGAGACUGG